CUCUAUAUUAAAUGAAUAAGUGGAAGUUUGUUCGAAAUUCAAUUGGACUUUUUGGCUCUGCUGUUCAUGAGGGGCAAACAAAAACUGGAACUGAAUUAGCUCCAAAAGCAUUGAGAGAAGGAGGGUUGAUAUCUGCCUUGUAUAAUUUGGGAUGGGAAAUAAAUGAUAUGGGAGAUAUUCAAGGAAAAAAUCAUGAGAUAAAGAAGUUUAAGAGCUAGUUUUUUAGGAACAGUUAAUAAUUAGGUAUAAUUAAUGGAGAGAUAAGCAAAAGAUCUUUUAAUAUAGCUUCUAAGCAACAGUUCAUGUUAAAUAUUGGAGGGGAUCACAGUGUAGCUUGCGGGUCUAUUCAUGGGUUAUUGGAACAUUAUGGAGAUGAAUUAAGAGUAAUUUGGGUGGAUGCACAUGCAGAUUGCAAUUAUGAACUUGGUCCAAAUAAAAAUUAUCAUGGAAUGCCUUUAGGACAUCUUUAUGGGGCUAUAACAGAUCCGAUAAAAGGAUUUGAAUGGUUUAAGAAUAGAUUGAAUACAAAGAAUAUAAUUUAUAUUGGAAUUCGAGAUAUUGAUCCUAUGGAAAGAGAAUUCAUCAAAGAUCACAAGAUCGUUUUUUUUGGAAUGGAUGAGAUUAUAGAAUUGGGCAUAGGAUAAGUAAUGAAUAGAAUUCUCAAAUUAUUUGAAGGAAAACCUAUACAUGUGAGUUUUGAUGUAGAUUCUAUUGACCCUGAGUUUGCUCAUGGUACUGAAACUUUAGUAGAUGGAGGAAUAGCUUCCAGAGAAGUUCAUUAUUUGCUUAGAAAAUUGGCUGCUUCUCGAUGGCUAGUGGGAAUGGAUUUAGUAGGAAUUAAUCCAUUGUUAGAGAAAACUCCAGAACUUAGAGAACAAUUUUUCGGCGAUUUUUAAUAAGUAUGUCAUAUAUCUUUAUUAUCAAGAUUGGAAGAAUUCAAGGAACACAAACUGUUGCUUUGGGAAUAGAAUUGAUUGCUUCUGCCUUAGGUAGAACAUUAGUUUUAUGA